AUGCGUCUGUUGUCCGCAGUUGGCAAGGCUCGUAAGCCUAAAUUUGAACUCCAUCUAAAGAUAUACGACUUGAAUAACAUCCCACUCGUGUCCGGCCACUCGCUCAUCAAAUGGCACCUUUCUCACUCAAUGCACGCCGAGCAUCGAGGGCGCACCGCAAAAUGUCCCAUUUCCAAUCAUAAAGUUGACUAUGGCUUUAGCAAAUUGAUUACCGGGAUCAGAAUUUCCAUGGACAAGAACAACAACCUGACCGAGUGUCCAAUGGAGUUUGAGAUCCUCCAAGAGUUUGCCGUUGCCGAAAAGAUUACUCUCGGCUACGUCAAGAUCAAUCUAGCCGAGUAUGUGGAAGAAAGCGAAUCAUUCGGCCGUGAAAUAGGCUCGCCACCUCGAAAACGCAGCAGCAUUGGCGUUAAUCCCAUGGCUACUGAGGGCGGAGGGGAAGCCCCUGAUCAUCGCAUCGUGGAAGAAGGCAUAGUGAGAAGAUAUCUUUUGUCAGACAGUAAGAUUAAUAGCACUCUCAAAAUUGGCAUCCUCAUGGUUCAGGUCGACGGAGAGCGCAACUUUGUCGCCCCUGCCUUGCGAACCGCCCCUGUUUUUGGCGGAAUUGCGGGAUUAGUAGCCCCAGAGGCUGAGGAUGAUGCCUCACCUAUCCCAAAUAUAUCAAAGCCUAGAGACGCUGCUGAAGUGCAGGAUCUCUACCGGCGAACACUCGCCGCCUCUUGGUCCCGGCAGCCUAGUGAGCUGCCUGCCGAUGAGUGCAUCGAGGACAUUUUUGGCGGAGGUGACGGCUGGGGGACCAAGAGGCAACCCCAAGCCGACCAAGACAGUGACGAUGAUGAGACAGACCACUUUGGCGGCACGCUUCGACCCGGCGACUUCCGCCGAUAUGCCAAUCACCACCAACGCACCCCCAGUGGGAGCCACAGUCGCCACCGCCGUACCCAUAGUGCAUCCAGCGAUAGGAGCGCAUCUACCGUCACCGGAGGCGGGAGCGGCAGCGGCAGCAGGAGCCACAGGCGCGGAGGACGGUCAAAUAACGAGGAUAGUAGGGAUUCCCGUGAUGACGGCCUCGGCAGCAGUAGGAGCGGCAGUCUGGGCAGUCUCGCACCGACGUUGGGCAGUAGCAGUGAUGGUGGCAGGGGAGAACCAGGAUUGAGGAGGGCCAGGGAGGUGAAUGAGUUUGAAGUGAGAGAGGAUUUGAUAGCUUGGAAAUUACCGGGUGGUGUUUCUUCUUGA